AUGCAUCCCGUCCUCAUCACCGACGCCGUUCUACUCGGUGCGCGCGUCGCGUCGCCUGCCGUCGUCCUCCUAGCUACACUUUCCCUCAUAUCCUCUAAGCGCCUUGAUCACCAAAUUCAAAGUCCAAUAACACCCGUCGUCGUCACAUCUCGCAUCCCACGGAGAACACUCAUUCUCGUUCUUCUCAGUAUCAGCGCUUUCACUUUCUUAGCAGAUGGUCUCGCAUAUGUCGUUUCUGCUGUCCUUAACAAAGUUUGGCUUAAAGGCACUGGCAUCGAAAUUGCAAGUGUUCUGGGUUUGCUAGCGUACGCCGGUUUGGCAGCUCUAGGCGCAUGGAAGGACACGAGCGAUAACGAGAUUUGGAACCGAAGUCGUGUCAAGGUCGCAGUAGCUACCGCUCUCGCACUCGACAUCGUCCAGGUCGUCCUCUCCUUGAUUGGAAUAGACUUGCAUCACAUUUGCACAUCACCUGUCCGGUCAUGUGUACCUAAUAUUUUGCAUGGUGUCUUGCCUCUCGCACGUGUACUUGCACUUCUUCCUCUCCUAGUGGCGCUCUUCUUUCCUCGUGUCAUUUAUCUUUCUGCUCAAUCACAUGGCUAUGCAGAAGAAUCUGAUGAGACCGCUCCUCUCAUAUCACAGCAUGUCCCUCAUGGGUCGUUGCUGUUGCAACCAGAAGAUGCCGACCCUGACGGUCCUAGUACCGCCAAAUAUGGCACUUUUACAUCCAGAAGCGGUCCUACUACCCGAUGCGCAUCACCAAUUCCGGGCGUACGGGAGCCAAACAAGACAACCCCACGAGAGGUAGCUGUCGAUCCCUCGUGGCGUGAACUCUUCACUCGUGUAUCUCGCAUCGUUCCCCAUCUCUGGCCCUCCCGCUAUCCGAAGCUGCAAUUCAUCGCAUUGAUCUGUUUCUUCAUCCUUAUUCUAGGACGCGUUGUAAACGCCUUUCUUCCUCUCGUACUCGGCGCACUCAUCAACACAUUCGAUACACCAGGCGUAACUCCAUUCCCUGCAUUCGGUUCAAGCCCAUGGCCCUACCUAAUUACCUACGUCCUACUCCGCUUCCUUGCUUCAUCGGGCGGUCUCGCAGCCUUCCGUGACGCACUCUGGGUCCCACUCAUGCAAUACAGCGAUCGUAGCAUGUCGAUGCUCUCAUUCAACCAUGUCCUGGCCCUUUCUCUCAGCUGGCAUACAAAACGCAAGACUGGCGAGCUGCUCCGUAUUCUCGAUAGAGGAAGCGCGAUAAACCGUGUUGGCGAGCUUAUUGGGUUCACUGUGGUUCCUGCACUCGUGGAUAUAUGUGUUGCGCUUGUCGUGUUCGUCAUUAGGUUCGAACCUGCGCUGGGCGUUGUGGUUGGCGUCGUGAUGGGGAGUUAUAUCUGGGCGAGCGUCGUGCUUACGAGGUAUAGGACUAGGAUACGGAGGCAGAUGAAUGAGCGGGAUGUGAAAACGCGUGGGAUCCAUACGGAUUGUCUCCUUAAUUACGAGACUGUCAAGUAUUUCGGUGGGGAGGAGUAUGAGGCGCAGAGGUAUACGGAGGCUAUUGGGGAGUACCAGACUUUGGAGAAGAGGGUUGUUCUAUCUCUCAACCUCCUGAACCUCGUACAAACGCUCAUCAUCACCACCGGUCUUCUGGUUGGUUCCUUGCUCGUCGCGUCGCGCAUCACGAGGGGACAGAAUAAUACUAGUGAUUUUGUGGUGUUCAUAACUUAUUAUGCGCAGCUCUAUCUCCCUCUGUCGAACCUCGGCGGCGUAUACCGCGCAAUUAAUCAAAGCCUCAUUGAUACCGAGAAAUUGCUUCACCUUCUCAAUGAGCCCACUGAAGUGGUUGAUGCACCUGAUGCUAAGGAAUUGGUAGUCUCGAAUGGUGAAGUUGAAUUUGAUAACGUGUCCUUCUCCUACGACGACCAAACUUCCGCCCUACACAACAUAUCCUUCAAAGUCCCCCGUGGUGGGCGCGUAGCCCUCGUUGGCGAAAGCGGAGCAGGCAAAAGCACCAUCCUACGCCUCCUCUACCGCUUUUACGACCUCCAACCCGGCUCAGGGCGUAUUCUCAUUGACGGUCAAGACAUCCGCACAGUAACGCUCUCAAGCCUGCGUCGCGCAAUGGGCGUCGUACCCCAAGACCCCGUGCUCUUCAAUGCUAGCAUCGGGUAUAACAUCGCUUAUGGGCAACCAUCCACCACUCCUCCUGAUGAAAGCACCAUCAUCUCAAGCGCCCAAGCUGCUCAGAUGCAUGACCGUAUCAUGAGUUUCCCAGAGGGGUACGAGACGAAAGUGGGGGAGAGGGGCGUGAGGCUGAGCGGGGGUGAGAAGCAGCGGGUGGCGAUUGCCAGGACUAUGGUGAAGAACCCGAAGGUGUUGCUUUUGGAUGAGGCUACGAGUGCGUUGGAUAGUGCGACGGAGCGCGGGGUUUUGGAGGGUGCGCUUGGGAGACUUGUGGACGGAAGGAGUUGCUUGAGUAUUGCGCAUCGGUUGAGUACGAUUAAGGGGGCUGAUUUGAUUAUGGUUCUCAAGGACGGGCGGAUUGUUGAACAGGGCUCACAUAGGGAGCUUCUUGAACUCAAUGGCAUCUUUGCAUCCAUGUGGGCAGACCAGAUCAGCGCGUCCGAAUAUCCCAAAGCCCCGGCUGGAUACGAUGCCGAUGACGAUGCCCCUGUUGUAGACAUACCCGAAUCUGAAACACGGAGCACAGCAGUCGAAGUCGAAGAGCCUAUAGCUGUCCAUGUCGAUUCUUCCCAAGUCGUCCCAGCAUCCCUGUCAGCCAAACCACAUGCACAUAUAUCAUUCCCCAUCUCCGAAGACCUACCCCAAACGUUCCCGACUACAGUGUCCACGUCUGACUCGCCUUCCGUCCACAGCCAUCCAGAGCGUUCAGCCAUACCUGGCCAUGUACAAAGCGCGAGUGUUACGUUUGACGCGAAAGUGACUACACCUCCGCGCACGAGUUCGCCUGAGCCUAGGAGAGCCCUCUCGACGCAUAAUAUCCAGAGACUUGCUAGGAAGAUAAGUCUCAGCGGUAAAGCUCCGAAAUUGCCUGGGGUUUUGCGCCGGGAGACGAGCGUGCGAGACGCGAGUCUAGCGAGCAGUGCAAGUGGUGCUGGAACAGCGGGUGGGAGUGCAUCUACGCCUCCUACUGGAAGUGCUAGGGAGAGCGUGGAUGAGCCGCAUGCCGAGCUUGUUGCCAAGAAGGACGAAAAGAAGAAGAAGAGGAAGAGUUUUCUCUAG